GUUUUCUCCGUUCUUCGUGAGCUCAACGAGUCGUUGCUCCGGUUGGUUUGGUUGGUUUGGCUGCUGUGCCCUCCGGGCUGAACCAUGCAUCCUUCUAAGAAACUUAUAAAUUCUGUGGAGCAUUGUGUGGAUGAUGCAUUGGACGGCCUCGUGGCCUGCAAUGUAGGAAUGCAACUGGUAGAGGGACAUCGUAUAGUAGUCAGGUCUGAUUUGAAGAACAUCAAAGGCAAAGUGGCUGUGUUGUCUGGAGGAGGUUCUGGACAUGAGCCAGCCCAUGCAGGAUAUGUUGGAGCAGGGAUGUUGUCUGGCUGCAUUGCUGGAGCAGUCUUCACUUCUCCACCAACUGGAAGUAUUUCAGCAGCGAUCCGAGUUGUGACCAGAGCAGGAGCAGCUGGUGUGCUACUGAUUUUCAAUAACUACACCGGAGAUCGACUUAACUUUGGCUUAGCCCUAGAAGAAACAAAAAUAGAAAGAAUUUCUGUGGAGAUGAUUAUUGUAGGAGAUGACUGCGCCUUUGUCACACAAAAAAAAGCUGGGAGGAGGGGUUUGUGUGGUUCAGUACUCAUACUCAAAAUAGCGGGAGCCAUGUCUGAAAUGGGAAAGUCAUUGGAUGAAAUUGUGGAGAAACUUAAGUCUACUUUAAGUAAAGUCGGUACAAUGGGAAUCUGUCUGUCACCUUGCAGUGUCCCUGGAUCUGGGCCAACUUUCAAUCUGGAAAUGGAUGAACUGGAAGUUGGACUAGGUAUCCACGGAGAAGCUGGAAUCGAGCGGAUAAAGAUAAUGCCAGCUGAUGAGGUUGUACAAAAAAUGAUGGAUCAUAUGACAAAUCCCACAAAUGAGUCUCAUCUGCCAAUUCAAGCUGGCGAUCAUAUUGUGUUGAUAGUGAACAACCUUGGAGGGUUGUCCUGCCUGGAAUUGAACAUUGUGGCUGGUUCUGCAAUUAAAUAUCUGGAGAGUAAGAAGGUCAUUAUUGAAAGGGCCUAUGUCGGGUCUUAUACAACGUCACUGGAAAUGGGAGGAAUCUCUCUGUCCAUGAUGCAUGUGGAUCCUGAAUUGUUGAAACUUCUGGACAUGCGUACUUCAGCCCCUGGAUGGGCCAAUGUAUCAAAACAUAAUCUGGUACGGAAAUGCAGGACUCUGAGUGUCCCACACUUGGAACCCGAGAAUAGAGAUACACCUGCUGGGUCAGAUUCAGCUGAUACUUACCAUGGGAACAUAGGUCCUUUCGUGGAAAAGGUACAUUCAGUUCUGGAUGUGGUUUGCACCACUCUGAUUCAAAUGGAAGAAGAACUUAAUGAACUGGACCGGGAAGCAGGAGAUGGUGAUUGUGGAAGUACACAUGCAAUGGCAGCUCAUGCCAUCAAGAACUUGUUGAAAUCAGAUGCAGUUCCUGGCCAUGGUCAUCAGCUCCUAUUGUGCCUGGGGAGAGUGAUUCGAGAUCAUGUGGGUGGGACUUCGGGCGCGUUGUACAGUAUUGCUCUGAUGGCAGCAGCACCAAAUGUGAAAAAUAACAACAAUCCUUCUGCCUGGGCACUGGCAUUGGAUUCUGGGAUUGGAGCAUUGAAAAGGUAUGGAGGUGCAGAGCCAGGAGACAGAACCAUGCUUGACCCACUCUGUGCUGCUGCAGAUGAGCUACGCAAGGUAUCAGAUGAAGAUGGUAAUCAACUGAAGGUGCUAGCUGAGGCUGUGCAGAAAGCUGAAGCAGGCGCAGAAGCCACCAAGGAUAUGUCAGCAAAGGCAGGACGGGCAAGUUAUAUCUCUUCAGCCCAGCUCACCCGACCUGAUCCUGGUGCUGUUGCCUGUGCUGCCAUUUUGAAGGCUAUCUUGACAGCUCUUGAAGGACCUAUUUCAGAAGACCGGGUCUGAGGAUCUUUUUGGUGCAGUGUUUUGUCUUUGGAGAUCUAUGUUUUCUACUAGAGUUCUAGUUCCAGUGUUUACCUAUUGUUGGCAAAAAAGUUUGAAGUAAACCCUGUGCAACCUUCAGAUACUCAUUUUCAAUAAACCCCUCAGUUGCAAUCUCUCCCCACGAUGCUGCAGAGCUACUUGCACUCACUCACCCAUUGGCCAUCACUGAUUCUCACUGCAUCUCAAUGAUCAGUACUCUGUGCAUCUUGUGCUGUGUACAUGACAUAUAUAUUGUUUAUCCUGCAUCCAUCAAUACCCAAUUUAGACACUUCACCUGCUAUUGGUCAAAGUGAAUUUUAUACCUAUUUUACAGGCAUGGAUCCCUAAUUUACACCUUAAACCCAUAUGUAUACCCACAUUUAGCUUAUGUCAUCACAUCCCAUUCACCCACUUUGAAAGUUGAUAGCCCAUCCUAAAGAAAUGUAUUUUCAAGUUGGUUGUGCCUUUCACUGAGCAUUUCGACACUUGAUAUAUAUGUUUGAUUCUGGGUUAAUCAGAUUAACUCCAGAUGGUCUUUAUUCACUGGACACUUCCUUUACAGAUAAACAGCUAAAGACACAAAAGCCAAGUGAUUAUUAUAUAAAAGUUGCAGUCAGAAGCCAAAGCGAAGAGAAUAUUAGGUUAUGGGAACAUUUUGAAAUGUACAUCAGAACAAAGGACUGCAGA